AUGUAUAACCGGCUGCGUCUUGGCGCUCUUCUGGGCUUCUUCACCACCAUCAAUGCCGCAACGCACGAACUCAUUGUCGGCACCUUCGGUACUAAGGCAUUAUAUACGCUCGAGUUCGACGACGAAGCGCUCACCUUGGAACUUGUGGCCAACACAUCGGUCCCGGUUGCUGGGUCAUGGCUAGCUCUAAGUCACGACAAAUCCAACCUUUAUAGCACAGCCUACCAGGCAUCCAGUCCCGCAUUCGUGAGCUACUCGGUCGCCAACGCGACGAGCAUAACCCACGAUGUCACCGUCCCCGCCGGAGGCAAUUGCACCGCCAGCGCCAUCUUCGCGGUGGCCGACCCCAACCCUCCGCACAGCGUAUACGGGGCCUUCUUCGGCUCGAACGCGGGAUGCGGCGCCGUCCUGUCCGUGGACGAGUCCGGCAGGCUGGAAUCGGCUGUCCAGAACUACACCUACUCCAGCUCGUCGGCCGUCCACGGCACCGCGUUCAGCCCGGACUCCAAGUUCCUGUACUCUGCCGACGACAGCGGCAACACGCUCUGGACGCAUAGCAUUGACCCCACAACCGGAGAAGUGGCCUUCGUCGCCAACCUCACUGCGCCGUCCACGGGCGCCCACCCGCGACAUGUCGCCGUGCACCCCCAGGGCAAGUACCUGUAUGUGAUCCUCGAGGGAUCCAGCCAACUCGCGCAGUACGCCAUCGACGGGGACACCGGGGUCCCGUCCGCGCAGAACGCGACGUACGCCCUGCUGCCGCCCGGCGAGGAUGCCAAGAACUACUGGGCGGACGAGGUGGCGCUGUCGCCCAGCAAUGACUACCUCUGGGCCACGAACCGCGGGCGCGGCGCGAACGCCACGGGCUACAUCUCGGCAUUCGCGCUGGAUGGCGAGGGGCGCAUCCUGGGGCAGAACUUCCUGCUCCCGACGACUUCGAGCGGUGGUGCGGCCAAUAGUGUUGCGCCGAGCCCAUUCGCUGAUCGCUUUGCCGCGCUGACGGAUAGCUCGGUCGGCUUCGUGGAGAUCUGGGAGCUGGCUGCUGAUGCGAGCUCGGCAAACGUUGUUGCGCAUCUCGACUUGAUUGACGGUGGGUGUUGCGCGAAUGCUGUGUGGUACUCAUAG